AUGACUUCUAAAUUAUCAGAUCAGCCGAGAGCUGAGAGCUUCUACGACAUGAAAGCCUUCAAGGACUGCAAUCAAGACGGCACCUGGUGGCGACAUCCAGAAACAAACAAAUCAUGGUCGAACUAUACGACAUGCAUCGAUUUGGAAAACUUGAACGAGAAUCGGGUGAACGUGCAGCUGUACAUCGCCGGCUACUCGUGCUCUCUCGCCGCCAUAUCCAUCGCUCUCUUCAUCUUCUUCUACUUCAGGCAGCUGCAGUGCACCCGCAUCACGAUCCACAAGAACCUGUUCGCGUCCUUCAUCCUCACCAACACGGCGUGGAUCGUCUGGUACACGGAGGUGAACACCGUCAUCUCUGUUCUCACCACCAACCCGGUGUGGUGUCAGGUGCUACACGUCGUUAACCAGUACUUCAUGUCGUGCAACUACCUGUGGAUGUUCUGCGAGGGCAUGUACCUGCACACGAUGAUCGUGUUCGCUUUCGUCACCGAAAAACACAUCAUGAAGCUGCUCGCUCUCGUCGGAUGGGGGUUCCCGGCAUUGCUGGCUAUAGUCUACGGAGCCGUACGUGGUACGAUGCCGGAUGGAGAUCUCGAGAACUGCUGGAUUAAGGAGUCUAGAUAUAUGUGGAUAAUUACAGCGCCUCUCUGCUUAUCAAUAGUGGUACGUAAGAGGAAGGCGGUGCGGGCCGUGCUGAUCCUCAUCCCCCUGCUGGGAGUUUACUACAUCAUCAUGUGGGUGCCGCCGGGCGAGGGCAGCAACGCGCAGGUCGUCUACCAGAAGCUGCUCGCUAUAUUCUCGUCCUUCCAGGGAUUCUUUGUUGCGCUAAUAUUCUGCUUCUUAAACGGCGAGGUAUUGGGUCUAAUAAAGAAGAAAUGGUACAACUAUCAGGAGGUUCACGGUAGAGGGCGCCGCUUUAGCACCUACAACACGACCAUGACCGAGGUCGGCUGCUCUUGUUGUUCUUGUGUUGGCUCGCUGGCGCAGGCAGAUAAAGUUACCCCGCGCGCUUAUAGUUGUAGCUAA